AUGAAUACCGAAAAACGUACUAAUACUCUCGACAUCAGUUACUUCAAACCUACGCAAGAUAGUAAUUUGAAAAAUCCAUUCAAUGCCCCAGAUUCCAAUGCGCGAACUACGUCAGUUCGCCCUCUGUUGAGUGAUGAACCCCCAAGAGUCGAGCACAGCCGAAGUGUAUGGUCAUCUCAAACAAACAGAAACAUUUCAGAUGUGUAUCCAGUAGUUGUAUCGUCAGGCAAAGUGAAAACUAAUCCUUCGUCAGCAAAAGUAGACACAUUAAGUAAUAAUACCCGAAAUGAUUAUGUAUCGCAAAACAAAAUGAAAUACUUCAGUCUUCAGUCACCACGGUUCAAAGGUUGUCUUAUGGGAUCCCUAUUUGUUUUGGUACUAGUCGGCAUUCCUCUGGUGGUUGUUAUUAUAAUGUGGUUAAGGGGUAAGGCGAGAUACUCGAUAAUCUCAGGUGAGAAAGAAAAUUUUUCGUUUACAGGAGCACAAGCAUCGGUCACAAACAGUACAGCUUGUACAGGAGGAUUGUGUUGGAAUGCAUCAGCUAUCACUGUUUUCGGUACAGGAGCAUCAGGCAGCGCAGCAGAUCACCUUAAUAAUCCAUAUUAUCUUGCAAUCCACUCGUCCUACUCUUUCUAUGUUGCCGACUAUUCGAAUAAUAGAGUGCAAAAAGUUGCUGUCUUCUCGGCGAAUGGUACAACCGUAGCUGGCCAAGCAAAUACAGCUGGGGGUUCCACGGCCUUAUAUUUGAACAAUCCUACAUACCUCAUAAUAGACUCUGGUGGCAAUCUGUACGUUUCGGAUUCGCAAAAUCAUCGUGUUCAAUAUUUUAUGAAUGGUACAAUGACAGGAGUAACAAUAGCUGGUACAGGAAGUUCGGGCACUUCACUGAACCAAUUGAAUAAUCCAUAUGGUAUAGCUCUCGAUUCAAGUACGGGCAAACUUUACAUAUCAGACACGAACAAUCACAGAAUCAUGUGUUAUCUCUCCGGUGCAUCAAAUGGUACUAUUGUGGCCGGUGGUAAUGGCGCAGGGACACUCAAUAAUCAACUAUAUUAUCCGAUGGGUCUCUCUCUGGAUGUGUCAUCAAACAGUCUUUUUAUUGCUAACAGCAACGCCCAUAAUAUAGUGCGUUGGGUGGUGAAUGCCAGCACUUGGACUCUUAUGGCUGGUACUCCUAAUGGACAAUCUGGUUCUAUAUCGACCAUGCUUAAUUUCCCGACAGAUUUCGCUUUCGAUUCGAGCGGUAAUUUGUAUGUUGCCGAUACUAACAAUGAUCGCGUUCAACUUUUCUUGUCCGGUCAAUUCAACGGAACAACGAUUGCUGGCUCGACGAGUCAAUCUGGCAGUACGGCUGUCCUACUUAGCGGGCCACGUUCAAUUACAUUGGACAGUGCUUUGAAUUUGUACGUGGUGGAUAGUGGGAACAGUCGCAUACAGAAAUUUCAGCGGUCCUAA